CACUCACGGGGACUAAUGCCCCCACACCCUUGUGUCCCCAGCCCUCCACUGCCACACAGCCAGGCUGACCAGUAUGACCUCAGCUGGGACCAGCAGCUCAACCUGGCCUACGUGGGCGCCGUCCCUCACGGUGGCAUCGAGCAGGUCCGGACCCACUGGCUGCUGGACCUCGUCACUGCCAGAAAUUCGGCUGAGCAGGGCCUCAGCUACAACUUCACUCACCUGGAUGGGUACCUGGACCUUCUCAGGGAGAACCAGCUCCUCCCGGGCUUUGAGCUGAUGGGCAGCCCCUCUGGACACUUCACCGACUUUGAUGACAAACGACAGGUGUUUGAGUGGAAGGAACUGGUCUCCCUCCUGGCCAGGAGAUACAUUGGUAGGUACGGACUGGCUCAGGUUUCCAAGUGGAACUUCGAGACGUGGAACGAGCCCGACCACCACGACUUUGACAACGUGUCCAUGACUAUGCAAGGCUUCUUCAACUACUAUGACGCCUGCUCCGAGGGGCUGCGCGAGGCCAGCCCCGCCUUGCGCCUGGGCGGCCCUGGGGACGCCUUCCACGCGCCGCCGCGCUCCCCGCUGAGCUGGGGCCUCCUGGAGCACUGUCACCACGGCACCAACUUCUUCACGGGGGAGGUGGGCGUGCGGCUGGACUACAUCGCCCUCCACAGGAAGGGCGCGGGCAGCUCCGUCUACAUCCUGGAGCAGGAGCAGGAGGUGCUGCGGCAGAUACAGCAGCGCUUCCCCAAGUUCGCCGACACCCCCGUUUACAACGACGAGGCGGACCCGCUGGUGGGCUGGUCGCUGCCGCAGGCGUGGAGGGCCGACGUGACCUACGCGGCCAUGGUGGUGAAGGUCAUCGCCCAGCACCAGGACCGGCUGGUGGCCAACAGCAGCUUCCCCGUGCGCUACGCGCUCCUGAGCAACGACAACGCCUUCCUGAGUUACCACCCGCACCCCUUCGCCCAGCGCACGCUCACCGCCCGCUUCCAGGCCCUGGGCGGGAGAGGGUGCCACCACCCCGCGGUGACCGCUGCCCCAUGCCCAGCAGACGGUGAGCAGCUCUGGGCCGAGGUGUCGCGGGCCGGGGUGGUGCUGGACACCAACCACACUGUGGGCGUCCUGGCCAGCGCCCACCGCCCCACUGGCCCCGCAGACGCCUGGCGCGCCACGGUGCUGGUCUACGCGAGCGACGACACCCGCGCCCACGCCAACCGCAGCGUCCCCUUGACCCUGCGCCUGCACGGGUGCCUGUGGACGUAUGAGAUCCAGUUCUCCCCGGGUGGUCAGGGGUAUGCCCUCAUCAGCAGGAAGCCCUCAACUUUUAACCUCUUUGUGUUCAGCCCAGACACAGCUGUCGUCUCUGGAUCCUACCAGGUCCGAGCUGUGGACUACUGGGCACGGCCAGGCCCUUUCUCAGACCCUGUGCAGUACCUGGAGGUCUCUGCUCCAUGAGGGCCACUACUGUCCAGUGACUUUGAGCCUGUGCAGACCAAUGGGCUAGACCAGCACCAGCUGUCAGUUGGCCAUCAGCUCUGUCCAUCCCCUCCUGCCCUGUCACUUGCCCCCUUAAAGUGCCUUUCCACACCAUG